GAAGAUGGAAAAGAAGCCUUAUUUUGCAGUGCUACUCAGACAUAGCAUUUAUGCAGGAAUGUUUCUUCUCUCCAAAGCUGCCUUUGAUGGUGGAAUGAACAACUUUAUCUUUGUUUUCUAUAGGCAAGCCAUAGCCACACUGUUCUUGUUGCCCAUCGCUUUGUAUUUCGAAUGGAAAACUGCGCCACCCCUCUCAUUUGUCACCUUUGCCAAGAUCUUUAUGCUUUCUUUAUUUGGGAUCACUGCAAGUCUCGAUCUUCAGGGGGUUGCUCUUAUUUAUACAUCGGCAAGUUUAGCUGCAGCAACUGUAAAUUCUAUUCCGGUCUUUACCUUUCUUUUCGCUCUUCUAUUCAGGUUGGAGGUGUUGAGGUUAAGGUCAAUAGUAGGGUUAGCAAAGGUUGGAGGAAUAGUGUUUUGUACGGGCGGUGUGUUGGUUUUGGUGUUCUACAAAGGCCCUCAACUCACUCUCUUUAACAAUCACCACCUUUUUACUAUACAUAAUCAACAUCCACUUCAUGAUGCUUCAACCCACACUUGGUUAAAGGGUUGCCUCCUAAUGUUGGCUUCAAAUAUCUUAUGGGCUUUAUCACUUGUUCUUCAGGCAUUCGUACUGAAAAGUUAUCCUUCAACGCUUCUUUUCACUACCCUUCAAUGUCUUGUUAGCUCGUUUCAAUCGUUUAUUGUUGCCAUUGCUUUGGAGAGAGACCUUGACGAAUGGAAAUUGGGUUGGGAUCUAAGACUUCUUGCAGUUUUAUAUUGCGGAAUAGUGGCAACUGGGGUUACAUAUUCGAUUCAAACGUGGCUCAUUAAGAAGAAAGGACCCGUUUUCUUAGCCAUGUCAACACCAAUUGUUCUUGUUCUUACAACUCUUGGUUCGACCUUUCUUUUUGGCGAGAAUAUCAGCCUUGGAAGGUAA